UGCCAAUUGCAUUAGGUCCUGUGAUGUUAUUUUACAGAAACUGACCUGCCUACAAAUUUGAGUCUGAGGUGGUGCCUCUCAGAUACACACUUUGUAUUGCUCUAUGAGAGGCCAGACAAGAAGCACAUAUCCAUCGCUCCACUCUUCUCCCCUCUACCCAAACUACCUCUACAUUUCCAACAGUACCCACCUCUACUCCCUCUAUCUCCCAGUCAAAUCCUUUUGCCAUUCUAUAACCAGAUACUCCCUCUUUCUGCUCCUCCAUGCCUUACCCACAUUCCACAUACACUCCAACAUCAUCUACUUACAUGCGUAUCUCCUCUUCACCUCCCAUCCCAUAAAAAAUCCUUUGUUUCCCUAACCUCCCCACCCAACUCCCCUCCAGAAACCCUUGAGGAUAUUGGGAAACUUCCUAAGACCCAAGAAAAUACUCCUCCGAUUCCUUUACCUCAUUCUAUCUACAUUCAAAGUGACUGCCUCCUCCUCCUCAUAUUCCCCCUCUUCCCCCCACUCCUUCCCAACACACCCCAUCCUCUCCUCCCUCUACACCAAACUUGUUCCCUUCCCCAUUAUCCCUCCCACUCCCUCCUGGCAACUCACGUAAAUUUCUUUUGUCACAAUAGUGUCCCUCUUCAGACCCUCUCCUGACACACACCCUCUCCUGGUCCCCUACCUCAUUCCCUGGUCUCUCCUCUUCCCAUUUCUAAGAUACCCAUUUCUACCCUUGUUACCCGUUGCUUACUUCAUAACAACUUCUGCAGUGGAAUAUUCAAUUUUUCUGUCCUCAAAGCCUUGACCUUCUAUCUUCCUAUAAGCCAUACAUUGUGUGCCUCCAAGAAACCUUCCUCACACAUCCUUCAAUUACCAUUUUAUAUCAUCCCCUUAUUUUCUAACCUGCCUCAUCCAUACUUGUCCAUCAUAAAAUACCAUUUGUUAUACUUCCCUUACAAACCACUAUACCUUACACAGUUACACACUUCUCUUCCUUUCCCAUUGACUUUAUAACCUGUGAAACCUUACUUUCCCAACUCCAACCAUUUUUCCUGAUAGUUGCAGUCUGGCGGCGGAACCUAUCAGGCAAACAUCCUCCUCAUCAUGCUCCCAUUCUGCAUAUCCGCAAUAGCCUCAUCUCUGAGCGUCUUCAAGUAGCUACUGAACUUGGUGAUUAUUUAAGCCAGGGAGGAAAUGAAGUACUUUAGCCGCAUGACAAAGACAACAAAGUCAUCGGAGAAGCAGAAUGCCGUCAUGAUGGGCCGCAAGACAUGGGAAUCCAUCCCAGACAAGUUCAGGCCCUUACCCGGUCGCCUGAAUCUGGUGAUUUCAUCAAGAGCAAACCUACCAUGGAACCACAUAAGGCAAAUUCAAAAAUGGGAUCCUGGUCCGGAAUUCAUGGGGUCAACAGUGUGUGCUAGUUUUAAGGAAGCCAUAGACGAGGUUCAUACUCGCACAGAAGUGGAGAGUGUGUGGGCCAUUGGGGGAUCUUCUAUAUAUAAGAUGGCAUUAGAAUCUGAACAUCUACACCGUAUAUAUCUUACAAGGAUAUUAAAGGAUUUUGAGUGUGACACCUUCCUGCCAUCAUUUGACCCCAAGAAGUUCCAGAUUGUGACAGAUCCUAUUGUUCCUAAUGAAAUACAACAAGAAGGAGAUAUCACCUACAAGUAUGAAAUAUAUGAGAAAUUGAAAUAAAAUUUUCCUUUACCUGCUUGUUCUGUCCUUAAUGGCUUGGAUGUUUUUGAAUAUGUCAUUGUAAUGUCAGUCACAUAAUUAAAAUACAAGAAAGAGAAUUAAUUA